CAUCCAUCGAUAAUUUCUUUAAUCCGUAAACCAAUGCAUUUUUUUCUUUCUGGAAAGAGCUUGAUUGCGACGUUUUUGACAAUCUGAUCCAUUCCUUCCACUGAGAUAGAUCCGUAGCGACUAUUUGAAGACGAAUUUCAAUCCCGCAGAAACGCAUUUUUGGAGAAGAAGCUCGUUUCUGUUCUGGUUUUGUGAGAUUUUGUUAUAGUUUUGCGAAAUGAGUUCGUCUAAGACAGUGAGGAAACUCCAAGUGGAGUCUCCAGUGCCUGCGGAUAUAGUCAUUGCCAAUUCUGUGGCGCCGCUGCACAUCGAUGAUAUUGCUAAAGAUCUCAACCUUAGCCCCACUCAUUAUGAUCUUUAUGGCAAAUACAAGGCCAAGGUAUUGUUGUCUGUUCUUGAUGAGCUUGAAGGAUCUAAGGAUGGAUAUUAUGUGGUGGUUGGGGGGAUUACUCCUACUCCUCUUGGGGAAGGCAAAUCCACCACUACUGUUGGUCUCUGUCAAGCUCUUGGUGCUUUUCUUGACAAAAAGGUGGUCACCUGCCUUCGCCAGCCAUCACAGGGACCAACAUUUGGAAUAAAAGGUGGUGCAGCUGGAGGGGGUUACAGUCAAGUGAUUCCGAUGGACGAAUUUAAUCUCCACCUAACAGGAGAUAUUCAUGCUAUAACAGCUGCAAACAAUCUUUUAGCUGCUGCUAUUGAUACCAGGAUUUUCCAUGAGUCAACACAGUCAGAUAAGGCUCUUUUUAAUCGCCUUUGCCCGCCGAACAAAGAAGGUAAGCGAAGCUUUAGUGAUAUCAUGUUCAGACGUUUGAAGAAACUCAACAUUGCCAAGACAAAACCAGAAGAUCUGACUCCCGAAGAAGUUACGAAGUUUGCCAGGCUCGAUAUUGAUCCAGAUUCUAUUACCUGGAGAAGAGUAAUGGACGUAAAUGAUCGGUUCUUAAGGAAAAUUUCUAUUGGUCAGGGUCCUGAUGAGAAAGGGAUGGUGAGAGAAACCGGGUUCGAUAUUUCGGUUGCCAGUGAAAUAAUGGCAGUUUUGGCCCUUACGACAUCACUGGCUGAUAUGAGAGAGAGGUUAGGGAAAAUGGUAGUAGGAAACAGCAAGGCUGGUGACCCUGUAACUGCUGAUGAUCUCGGUGUCGGUGGCGCUUUGACCGUGCUCAUGAAGGAUGCUAUUAACCCGACACUAAUGCAGACUCUUGAGGGAACUCCUGUUCUUGUUCAUGCUGGUCCUUUUGCUAAUAUUGCUCACGGUAAUUCCUCUAUAGUGGCUGAUAAGAUAGCUCUGAAGUUGGUAGGACCAGGGGGGUUUGUAGUCACAGAAGCAGGUUUUGGGGCCGAUAUUGGUGCCGAGAAAUUUAUGAACAUCAAAUGUCGCUAUAGCGGUUUAACUCCACAAUGUGCUGUAAUUGUGGCGACGAUAAGAGCGUUAAAAAUGCAUGGGGGCGGGCCACAAGUUGUUGCAGGGAGGCCUCUUGACCAUGCCUAUUUAAAUGAAAAUGUGAGUCUUGUAGAAGCUGGCUGUGUUAAUUUGGCCAGGCAUAUUGCAAACACCAAGGCUUAUGGUGUGAAUGUAGUUGUUGCUGUGAACAAGUUUGCCACAGAUACUGAAGCAGAGAUGAAUGCAGUCAAAAGCGCUGCUUUAGCUGCCGGGGCGUACGAUGCUGUUAUUUGUUCUCAUCACGCUCACGGUGGAAAAGGAGCGGUCGACCUCGGAAUUGCAGUUCAAAAAGCGUGUGAGAACGUAACAAAGCCAUUGAAUUUCUUAUAUCCGCUCGAUGUUAGUAUUAAAGACAAAAUAGAAGCUAUAGCCAAGUCCUAUGGAGCCAGUGGGGUGGAAUACUCAGAACAGGCGGAGAAACAGAUUGAGAUGUACAGUAGGCAAGGAUUUUCAAAUCUACCAAUCUGCAUGGCAAAAACACAAUACUCCUUCUCACACGAUGCUGCAGCAAAGGGAGCGCCGAGCGGAUUCAAGUUGCCGAUAAGGGACGUGAGGGCUAGCAUUGGUGCCGGCUUCAUUUACCCUUUGGUGGGAACCAUGAGUACAAUGCCAGGGCUCCCUACAAGACCUUGCUUUUACGACAUCGAUCUCGACACCGCUACCGGGAAGGUCAUCGGUCUUUCUUGAACGAGCCUUCCUCCCAAGCAGUUGCCUCGCCAUCUUUCUGGUAAAAGUUCUUGUCCAAGUACAUGUUUUUUUUGUUUAGUUUUCUCAACUGUUGUUAUUCCGGUCUAUCCUGUAAUGCAACUUUUGCUGAACUUUGAACAGUCUGAAGUUAUAUGUCCUAAAUAAAGUGGAAGGAGGGAAAUAAUGUGUGUGUGUUGUAGGGUGUAUUUCCCUUCCUUUGUUUAGAAUAUAUCUAUUUUGAUGGAGAAUAAUAGAAAGAGCCAUUUUCAAAUUGGUGGUA